AUGAAAGAACGAGGUGGGAGUAAUGAUAGAGGAGGCGCAGUAGCUCGUGGAGGUGUAUUCGUCGCGCGUGGUAAAGAAGAUCUUUUAAUCACAAAAAAUUUAGUGGCUGGUGAAUCAGUCUAUGGUGAAAAAAGAAUCUCUGUCGAAGGCCAAGAUGGUGUAAAAGUCGAAUACAGGGUAUGGAAUCCGUUUAGGUCAAAAUUAGCGGCUGGUAUCCUCGGUGGUAUUGAUUUUAUUCACAUUGCACCGGGAAAGAAAGUUCUUUAUCUUGGAGCUGCUUCAGGAACAACAGUAUCGCACGUAGCUGAUAUUGUUGGCCCAACGGGAAUUGUUUACGCGGUUGAAUUCUCACAUCGGUCCGGUCGAGAUCUGAUUAAUGUUGCAAAGAAACGGACAAAUGUCAUUCCAAUAAUUGAAGACGCUCGAUAUCCUCAAAAAUAUCGGAUGCUUGUCGAUAUGGUGGACGUGAUCUUUGCAGAUGUGGCUCAACCAGAUCAAGCACGUAUUAUUGCAUUGAAUGCACACCACUUUCUCAAAAAUAACGGGCAUAUCGUGAUAUCGAUUAAAGCCAACUGCAUCGACUCUACGGUCGAUGCUGAGACUGUGUUUGCACGUGAAGUUAAGAAAUUGCAAGAAGAGCAUAUCAAACCUCAAGAACAACUUACUUUGGAACCGUAUGAACGUGAUCAUGCAUUAGUUGUUGGGAAAUAUGUUAGAGUAAAAAAAUAA